CUCUGCCACCGCCGCCGCCGCCUUCCCGCCCUUCAGGAAAACGGGGGGACUUUUCUGGGACGGGUCUCGCUGUGGGGAGGCGAGGUCGGCGAGGCGCGCUGCAGAGUUAACCCGCGUCCCCCUCACGGGGGUUGAACGCUUAUAACCAAGAGUUUGUCUGCGAGGAGGCAGGCCAGGGUUAGGAUGGAGCAGGAGGAGGUCAUCUUGGCCGGCUGGAGGUUACCCGACGGGCCGGGGAUGCUUUGAAAGCGCCGCCGCCUGGCCCACCCCCGACGCCCCUUCGCCCAGGGCGGGACGCUGCUCCGGCCGACCUCGCCUAGGGUGGCGCCCUGUCAUGGGCUCGCCAUCCCUUCGCCGCUUCUGCGGAAGGGGACCCCCUUGAUUCCUAAACCCUCUUCCAGGCGGAGGGGCAAGGGGGGGAAAGCGGCUAGCGCUCGACCCGGCGGCUCUGCCGAAAGAAAAUGCUAACCGGGGGGUUGCUGGCCGGCGUCUCCGUGCUCAGCCUCCUCACCUACGGCUACCCGGCGUGGGACGCGGUGGGCGAUCCAGACCGCUCGAGGAGGAGGGAAGACUUGGGAGAAGGACCGGAGCCGUCGCCCACCGUCUCCCAGCCGCACCUCAUCUUCAUCCUGGCGGACGACCAGGGCUUCCGAGACGUGGGCUACCAUGGCUCGGAGAUCAGGACUCCCACGCUGGACCGGCUGGCUGCGGAAGGGGUUAAGCUGGAGAACUACUACGUCCAGCCCAUGUGCACGCCGUCCAGAAGUCAGUUCAUCACUGGGAGGUAUCAAAUCCAUACAGGCCUCCAGCAUUCGGUCAUAAGGCCCACACAGCCUAACUGUUUACCCUUGGAUAAUGUAACUCUACCUCAGAAGCUGAAGGAAGCUGGCUACUCCACCCACAUGGUUGGCAAAUGGCACUUGGGCUUUUACCGCAAAGAAUGCAUGCCGACACAGCGGGGAUUCGAUACUUUUUUUGGCUCUCUUCUGGGCAGUGGUGAUUAUUAUACCCAUUACAAAUGUGACAGCCCUCGAAUGUGUGGCUAUGACUUAUAUGAGAAUGACAAUGCUGCUUGGGAUCAUGACAAUGGCAUGUACUCAACACAGAUGUACACGCAGAAAGUGCAACAAAUCCUAGCCUCUCACAACCCCAGGAAACCUAUAUUUUUAUACAUUGCAUACCAAGCUGUCCAUUCACCACUUCAGGCACCAGGCAAAUAUUAUGAACAUUACAGAUCAAUAAAUAACAUAAACAGGCGCAGAUAUGCUGCUAUGCUGGCAUGCUUGGAUGAAGCUAUCAACAAUGUGACACUUGCAUUAAAAAGGUAUGGUUAUUAUAACAACAGCAUCAUCAUCUAUUCUUCAGACAAUGGAGGGCAGCCAACAGCAGGUGGAAAUAACUGGCCUCUCCGAGGAAGCAAGGGGACUUACUGGGAAGGGGGAAUUCGAGCAGUUGGUUUUGUUCAUAGCCCUCUACUAAAAAAUAAGGGUGGGGUGUGCAAGGAGCUUGUACAUAUAACCGACUGGUUUCCUACUUUGAUCACCUUAGCAGAAGGACAGAUUGAUGAGGACACCCAGCUGGACGGCUAUGAUGUGUGGGAGACCAUAAGUGAAGGCAGACGGUCUCCCAGAAUGGAUAUUUUACACAACAUUGAUCCCAUCUACACCAAAGCCAAGAAUGGGUCCUGGGCAGCGGGCUUUGGAAUAUGGAACACAGCAAUUCAAUCAGCAAUACGUGUCAACCACUGGAAACUCUUGACAGGAAACCCAGGGUAUAGUGACUGGGUCCCUCCUCAAUCAUUUAGUAAUGUUGGCCCGAGUCGCUGGCACAAUGAGCGGGCUUCGUGGACAGCUGGUAAAACAGUGUGGCUAUUCAAUAUCACAGCUGACCCAUAUGAGCGAGUGGAUCUUUCCAGUAAGUAUCCAGAUGUAGUAAAGCAACUGCUGCGUAGGCUUUCACAAUUCAAUAAGACAGCUGUGCCUGUUCGAUAUCCACCUAAAGAUCCGAGGAGUAACCCCAAUUUUAAUGGAGGCGUUUGGGGGCCCUGGUUCAAAGAAGAGGAGAAGAAGAAGAAGAAGAAACCAAAUAAAAACAAAGCAGAGAAUAAACAAAAGAAAAAUAAAACGAAGAAACCUCAUCAGAGAAAGGGGCAUUCAUUAAGCUGCUUUGCAGGUGGAUAAUUUCUGCUGACGGCUUAUGCUGUCAUUCUAAGCAUACUUAACCUGGAAGGGUUUUGCAAAAAGCAAUGUCAGUCGUCUGAGUUAAAUGUUCAGGCUCAGGCUGCCAUUGCUAAACUAACAAAAAACAUUAUGUGAGAUAAUUUUCAAAUGGGCUAUCACAGUUAUAAUGCAAUGUUUGCACUGUGUUAUGUUUAUUUGGUGUUGCAUUGUGACAGGAAGAUGUGCAAGGUGAAGUUUAUAUCAUUACAGAUCCAGAAAACAUUCUUGAUGAACUACCUUUUCUGCCAUAUACUAAAGGGGAUUUACCUCCAUUACUUUACGGUCUCUGAAGGUGAGCUUAUACAGCAAAUGAGACAAGACCACACACUCAAAUGCACCUGUUUAUAUUAGUUACUGUUUGGAAAAUUAUAAAUGUUCUCUAUUGAUUAGAGAAAGUAAGGACCAAAAAGAGGCAAAAUGUUGACAUGAGUGUAAGUUGCCUUCUCAUAUAGAGUUGGUCAAGUGUAGUCAAACAUUAGGCUACUAGAAUAGCCUGAAUUAGUUGUGAAAAAGCUGCUUCUUAUUAAAUGUUGCCUGGCUUUCAAAUGGAAAGGAUUUUCCCGUCUUCCCAGAAUAUGCCAGGCAACAGUCCCUUCCAGUAAAAACAAGCUAUACACACACAUACAGAGCUGCUAGUACAUGGCUAUAAUUACAGAAAGAUGUAGACCAAAAUCCUGAGCUGGCUUGUGUGCACACAACCUUUGCUGAUAUUAAUAAAAUAUCCAUAUGUAACAGCAAAGAAUUCCAGACAUAUAUAAUGCCAUACCCCAAGCACUGAUGCGCUAAAGCAUUUCCAUAGCGUCUGGGUGAAUUAAGCACCUGUAGUGCUUGCUAGGCACGACAGGACCAGCCAUAUCAUUAAGCAAAAGAAAGCAGCUAUCUCAGAAAUCAAAAUGCUGGGAGGGAAUAGCACAGUACUAGAAAGCAAAGCCUUCCAGUUCCAAGGCUAUUUUUCUGUGUUUCCGUACAGUGGGGUGAUGCUGUCUCAUCAGCAGUGUUACAGAAAGAUUCAGCUACCAGUCUGUUGAGUUUUUGCCCAUGGAUUGGAUUGUGUGUGUCAUGUAUUGCCAUCUUGUUCUUUCCCUUGAAUAGCACAAUGGCUUCUGGUGGCCCUGUAUAGCAAUGCUCAGACCCAAAGGCCUGUCUGUACUCUGGAAAGCAAAUGGAUUUCCCCAUACCCUUCAAUAAGAGUUCCCUAUACAAUUAUUGCAACUGAGGAGAAUGUCCAGAUAAGGUAGCACCGUAUAAGCAUUAAAGCUCUAGUGGAGCUGUCUGUGACUCUAGUGGCAGAUGUCAACCAUAAGUAUCUGUCAUAAGAAAAAGGUAUUAAAAGGACACCAAUGUUAUAAGCAGAACAAAAGCAGAAAUUCACCAAACCAGACCUACAAGCUGGUUGCUUUGAUACUCGUGGCAAUAGCAUUCUGUUCCUGUGGCUUCCAUGUGAGUAGUCUGUCCUUGUAUCUCAGAUAAUAGUGUUUUAUUUCAAAGUACUGUAAAACAAAACAUAGCUGUAAAAGGAGGAGGUAUUCAGGUGCAUCACUUCAUUCUUGUUUGUUUGCAAGGUGAUUAUUUUGCUGUGUAAUCUGUUAGUCAAGUUUUCUUUAUACAAGCAAACCCAUGUAUGUUUUAAGGAAGAGUGAUGAAGAGUGAACAGGAAAAAAAAUUCUUGUAACAUUUUAUUUAU